UGGCUGUCUGAGUGGCUUCGACAGAACCCAAGUCGGCUGGCCGUGGAACCUGAAGCUCCUGUCUGCUCGAGUCCCUCUUCUCUAACUGGAAUCCAUCUGGCUAGUCUUUCUAGGGUCCAGAUGCCCUGCAUCUCCGGGACAAGGCCUUUGACUGCGGCACCCACUUUAUCGAUGGCUGGAAACCCUUUAAAAAGUAAAACAAAUACGGCUGCUUUUACUCAAGAAGGUCUGGAGGUGAAAUGCAUAAUUCCGGAUACGAAUUACGCCGAUAAAAGGAGUGUACACGAUAUGGAAGAAAAUGAAUGCUGUGUUUCAUCGCAUUUACGUAGUUCCCUAUUGCCUUGCUUUAUCUUGCUUUUUAUAGCCAAACUUCCUGCUUGUAACAACACAGAGUCUCCAUGCCCUGAGACCUGUUCUUGCGAAAACGGUAGUGUGAAUUGCUCGGACAAAAAUCUAGCCGAAAUUCCGGAAAAUUUGCCUCCUAAUACAGUUAAAUUGUGA